AACUCAAAAAGAAAAACAUGCCAUGAAAUGUGAAACAUAAUGCCACAUGCUUUGUCUUAAGCAUCAUCCAUACUUGUACUUCUUUUUUUACUUGGUUUAUUGCAAACGUUGAAAAGGAACAAACAGGCUGUCUCUAUUCUCCCUCCCUCCCUUCUUAGCAACAUUACAUUUUUCAAAACAACCCCUCAACAUGGUAAAACAAAAACACAAGAACCUAUUAAAAUAAUCUAACUGCCCUUGUAAAACAAAACAAAUCUAACCCUCUUUUGGCCUUCUUCAUUGGAACACUACACUUCUUCAACUCUUCAACUAAACCCAGACCUUUUAUCCCCUUUCAUUACAUCAUCAUCCUUUGUUUCCUGUACUUUGAAACCCAUUGUUGCAUUUCUGCUGAUAAGUUUCCUAUUAGGUGAGGCAUAAACAGUGACAAGAAGUUUAAAUUGAGUGUGGAGAAGAAGCAAUUUAUUUAUUUAUUUUUUUUUUGAAAGGAAAAAGACAGAUUAAGUGAAAGAUUUUAUGGACUGGAACUUGAAAGCUACUUCUUGGGAUUUUACUGAAAUUGAUGAGGAAGCUGUACCAAGCAUAGAUGCAGUCAAUGGAUCAAGUAGCUAUAAGGUUCCGAGGAAUAAAGGGGGUUUCUCCGUUGAUUUGAAGCUUGGUCAGGUAGGAAAUUCAGGAGAAGAGCCAUUGAACAAAUGGAAGGAGCCAGGAGGGUUAAAGAUGGAGUCUUCACCAUCAAAGAGGUCACGGACAACUAAUAAUGGAACUCAUCAGGUUUCCUGCCUUGUUGAUGAAUGCAGUUCAGACCUCAGGAAUUGUAGAGACUACCAUAGGCGCCAUAAGGUGUGUGAGCUCCACUCUAAGACUGCACAGGUUAUGAUUAAAGGCCAGAAGCAACGGUUCUGUCAACAAUGCAGCAGGUUUCACUCACUGGAAGAGUUUGAUGAAGGAAAGAGAAGCUGCAGGAAACGUCUUGAUGGGCACAACCGGAGGAGAAGGAAGCCUCUGCCAGAUCCCCCCUCAUGUUCUGGGAGUUAUUUUUCCAACUACCAAGGUACACAGAUGUUGCCAUUGUCUAGUUUGCAUGUAUAUCCAUCCACUACUGUGGUGAAACCUACUUGGCCUGGAGUUGCAAAUUCUGAGACAAAGUCUAGGCUUCUUAACCAGCAGCAACAGUUACACUCGCCUGGGAAACAAAAUCUUAUUCUUGGAUCCUCUUCAAGUAACUACAGAGGGAAGCAAUUCACAUUCUUGCAAGGUGAGAAUAUCACUCUCCAGAGUCAGACACCUCCAGAAGCUUCUGUGUGUCAGCCGCUUCUCAGGGCUGUGCCUUUCUCAGAAGGCAGUGGAGGUAGCCAUAGUAUGUUCUGUGACAGGUUAACAACUCCAGUUCAAGAUUCGGAUUGUGCUCUCUCUCUUCUGUCAUCUCCGCAGACACAGACAUCCGGGAUCAGUUUGAGAAACAUGGUGCAGCCUCACUCAUUCCCCUUGGUGCAACCGCUAGGUCCAAGCCUACAGAACCGCGUUUUAGAGCCCAUGGAUUCAGUUGUUGCCAAUGGCAGGGAUCCUGUGGUCCAUUGCCCAACAACUUUUCACAUGGGUUCCGGUGGAUCCUCCGGAAGUGAAGCCCCUCAAACUCUUCCCUUGCAUUGGCAAUAGGAAUUUUGAAACCUUUGCUGCACAAUAAAUUCGGGUUAUUUUCUUGAACCCUGAGUGCCAAAACUAGAAUGAUGGUUCAUUGAAUUGAAUAUAACUGCUUUUUUCAUUGUAAUGUUAUGAUGUGCUAGGACUUCGGAAAGCUGAAGUGUAAGUUUUCCUUUUCUUUUUUUAAGGUUUGAAUUUAGUGUUCCCUGUUGACUACAUGUAAUGAAGGCUCUUAUUUAUGUUCAUUUGGGCCUUGAGUAGUUUCUUCCUUUUUUUUUUUUUUAUUACAUCAUUCACAUUCAGUGAAGUGGCCUAAAUAUGCUUCAGGAUUUCCAUAGCAACACAUCUUGCUUGUGUAACCCCUGCUAGGUAAUGUAUUUUCAUGGGGGAAUUACUUCCUUCAUCCUAUUAACAAUACUCACUUUGAGAAGAAUCUCAAUCCAUUUCUAGCUUGAACAUA